CGCAUUUGCGAUCAUUUUAAUGAGUUAUAUACAUAUUUACGGAUUUUUAUGUACUGUCCAUUUAAAGUUUCUCCAAUUUAACUGAUUUUGUGUUAUUCACGAAAGCCGGAUUGAACCGGAAGUAAAUACGGGCUCGCGGAAGUUUGCGGCAAAGAAAUGGGUGUAACGUGUGUGUGUCAGGUGCCCGUGGCCGAGGGCAAGAGCGUGCAGCAGACGGUCGACAUGCUGCAUAAGAAGCUGGAGCAGCUGGGAGCCGUUAAACAGGGGAACUUCUGGGUGGACUGUGAGACGUACCACGCAACGGGAAACGCCACCGGUCAGCCGUCGAAGCUUCUGUACGUGAUGCAUAACUCGGAGACGCCGCUGAGCUGCAUGGCUCUGUUCGAGGGCGGACCGGGUCUCAGCGCAGACGCAAACUUUGACGUUCUGAUGGUGAAACUCAAGAGUCACUUCCAGAACGCCAAAGGCCAUAAGGUGGAGAGUCGCGGAGCCCGUUACCGCUACUGCGACUUCCUGGUGAAGAUCGGCACCAUCGCCAUGAGCUCCAGCGCAAGAGGGAUUUCAGUCGAGGUGGAGUACUGCGCGUGCGUGAUCCCUGGAGACUGCUGGAACCUCAUGAAGGAGUUCAUGCAGAGUUUCCUGGGAUCAAACACUCCCGAGCUGCCGACGGUGUUUACCAACAAACCCGAGGGUCUGUGCGUGCCGGUGGACUGCAUGGACACCAUGAGCCAGUACCUGGAGCUCUUCAGCAAAGUUCGCAAACAGCAGGUGAUGCCGGGCAGCGGCGUGCGCUGAAACCUGCGUUACGCUUCACCGGAACUCAACGCAAGCAAACCGACGUCAGGAAUUACUCGCUGUUUUAGAGAUACAGACAGUCCUGCAAGGAGUUUGAGAGAGAGAACUUUAUACAAGUGAUGAGAAUAUUUCUCGUUUCUUUUGUGCUUGUAAGUAGUACAUGAAGCAUCUGUUCCUGCCUUUUUUUAGUUGUGGAUGCUUGUUUUCUAUCUGUACAUUGGAAUUUGUAAAAUAAAGUGUUUACUUUGAAUUGCAAUCUUUAUCAAAAUAAAAUCAAUGUUAAGGUAGAAGCGCAAA